GGAGCCGGGCCGGUCCGGCGGGGAGUGCGGGUCGUUUUCUGUGCGCGCUGCCAGACGAGGCUCCCGCCGCCCAUUGACCCGCGCUCCGUCCCGCAGCCGGGCCGGGACUCUGGUAGCUGAUGUCAGAAGAAAGUGACUCUUUGAGAACCAGCCCUUCUGCGGCCUCGCUCUCCGAAAAUGAGCUGCCACCACCACCGCCCAAGCCCCCCAGCUACGUGUGCUCGCUGACAGAAGACCUGGUCACCAAAGCCCGUGAAGAGCUGCAGGAGAAGCCCGAGUGGAGGCUUCGCGAUGUGCAGGCCCUCCGCGACAUGGUGCGGAAGGAGUGCCCCAACCUGGCCACUUCCCUCGAGGACGCCUUCCUGCUGCGCUUCCUGCGGGCCCGCAAGUUCGACUACGACCGCGCCCUGCAGCUGCUGGUCAACUACCACAGCUGCAGGCGAAGCUGGCCCGAGGUGUUCAAUAACCUGAGGCCCUCGGCCCUGAAAGAUGUCCUCAGCUCUGGCUUCCUCACUGUGCUGCCCCACACAGACCCCAGGGGCUGCCAUGUCCUCUGUAUCCGUCCAGACAGAUGGAUACCGAGCAGCUACCCAAUCACUGAGAACAUCCGAGCCAUAUACUUGACAUUAGAGAAACUCAUUCAGUCUGAAGAAACCCAGGUGAAUGGAAUUGUAAUUCUUGCAGACUACAAAGGAGUGAGCUUAUCAAAAGCAUCUCAUUUCAGCCCUUUUAUAGCCAAAAAGGUGAUUGGCAUCCUCCAGGAUGGUUUCCCCAUUCGGAUAAAAGCAGUCCACAUCGUGAAUGAACCGCGGAUAUUUAAGGGCAUUUUUGCCAUCAUAAAACCAUUUUUGAAGGAGAAAAUAGCAAACAGAUUCUUUCUCCAUGGGUCUGACCUGAACUCUCUCCACACAAACCUCCCAAGAAACAUUCUCCCCAAGGAGUACGGGGGUAUAGCUGGAGAGCUGGACACCGCCACGUGGAAUGCGGUGCUGCUGGCCUCCGAGGACGACUUCGUAAAAGAGUUCUGCCAACCAGCGCAGGCCUGUGACCACAUCCUGGGCCAGUCCCUGCUGCCUGAGGCUCUGACCUCGGAUGCACAGUGCGACGACUCCCUGCGAGCUGUGAAGUCCCAGCUGUACUCCUGCUAUUAGCGCCCUCCAGGAGGCGUCACCAUUAAGGGGCCAAGGCCUCAGUCUUGCUCUCUGAAGUUAAAUGGCAGCGUGGAGGGCCCUUUUGAGGUCAUGGGUGAGCCACUCACAAGGUAAACCUGUGGCUACUUGGACUGUUGCAGGGAAGAUGUGGGAAAUGCCCCUGGUGAUUCCCAAACACUUGGAUUCUCCUUUGCAACUGCUCAUCCAGAAGCUGUGUCUGUAUCUUCCACAUCUAGAGUCGGCCGUACUCUGAAACGCUUGUCCAACCUGGAAGGUGGCCACAUUUGAGUGUCUUGUUCAUGAGCACUGCUUGUAAACCUGUUGUUCAUCAGCCAACUCCAAGGUCCAGGCGCCACUUGUCUUCACUGGGUCCAGAAAGCACCUUACUUGAAAUCGUCACAGAACCACCAGGAACCAGGCAAUACUUCCUGAUCAAAUCUGGGAGCCAGCAGCUUCAAAGCAUCCCUGAGAUUGCUGAGUUGAAUCUUGAGAAAGAAAACUUUCCCCAAAUCCAUAAAGCCUUAGCCCUCAUUCAACAUAAUCAUACCGGUCCUAGACGUGUGUGAUUUUGCUUAAUGAAAUGUGGGCUCAAGAGGCAGAGGCCUGGACCCAUGUAUGCAACUGGGCAAGACAUAGUGGACCUCAGCAUUGUCAUCAGUAGAAAGAGGCUGGAUGUAGUGAUGUCUGGGGAACCUGUUAGCUGCUGACAUCCUGGUACAAGGGUUACCCACUAUUGGGUUUUCUUCCUUACAGAAGAGACAGGCACCUGGGUGGUUGGGGUCUGCUCUUUUGUGGUAUGUACACGUCUUACAUAAAAGCGUGUCACCAGUUGUUCUUUAAAAAAACAAAAACUAGUACUGCAUUCCUUGGAUUCAGUGAUACCAACUUUUGUAGUAAUGGGUCAACUUUACAGUGAUGGCUUUUGUGAGGCCAGUUGAGGUGACUCUGAUCUUGUAUGAACUCCUUCCAUUCCGGAAACAACUUACGAGUAUCCUAUAACCUUAGCUACAGUGUUAGAUAGAAUGCUUGGGCCUCUUCAGUUUUGUCCCUGGAAACGUACACAGGGCCGGGUUACAGCUGGCUCCUCUAUGGGAGCUCCACCCUCCCAGAGCCACAAGACUUCCUCUCUGGUUGGUUCUGUUUCUUGAGUGCUUUAGACCCGCCCUGUCAAGAUGUUGGCCUUUACUCAAGCAUUGAGUGAGGUGGUCCAUCUGACCCUUUUCCUUUCGUAUUCAUCCUGAUCCUGGUGUUCAAGGGUGAUAAGUCUAUCAUGGGGGUAACUUCUCUGUGCAGUCACUCAGCUCAGCUGUUACUAAGCUCUUCCUCCCUGCGGCACUUUCCAGAAUGUUUGCCGAAGUUGGUGAAACUUUGCCAAUUUUCAGGGUUUGGGCUUUUUUUUUUUUUUUUUUUUGCCAAUUCUGGGCAAAGUUCUUUUCACCAUAUAUACAAACCCUGGAUCUUCCAGGGUCCUGGCUGACGUGCCAAAAUGCACCUCGGCUGCCCAUAAUCCAGUCAAUGAGAAUGUGCCCUUCAAGCUUCUGGUAACUGCUUUAGCUACUGACAGAGACCUGAGAAGACCGGCACACGGGGCCAGCGGGGUGGCUAACGUGACCGCUCCAACCCGGCAGCCUGCGGGGAGAAUCUUAAGCCUGAAAAGAGGAGUGAGGGGCUCAGGGAGGUACAGACUCAACAAAGGGGAGCGUGAAUCAUUCAGCCCAGCAAGUUCCCUGGGUUUACAUCUUAACACACGCUGCUGCUCGAUGCCCAGCCUUCCUGGUUAGACCCGGAGGAAGCUGCUUCCUCCAGCCUCUGUGGAGCCAGCAUGCUGCGCUUCAUGUUGACUGCAGAGAGAUCAGAGAGUCUGGGCCCUUCAGGAGAUUGGAAGCAGGCUCCGAACAGGACCUCCCCCAUGCAAACCAAGGCGACACCUGUGAGACCAGCAGGAAGGCAGCAAACCUUAGUGGUGGGAGCACAGCAAGUGAACAUGGAGGAGUGAUUCCUGAAGGGGAACGUUCUAGACAUUUCACCAACAGCUAGAGAUUAACGUCUCCCAAAAAUCUAGUCAUACGGUAUUUAAGGGGAGAGGGAUAAUGAACUAGCAUUGAGUCACCUCUGGAUCAUUAAAUGACAGAGGGGCCUGCCUUGCAUGACUGUGCCACAUGGUCACUGGGCUCGGAGUCGUCUUAGAUCCUCUCCAAUGGGAAAAGCAGCUGAGUGAACUGGUGCCUAAAAGUGUGCUAAGCUAGGACUACAGGCGUUUUCUUCCUUCUCUUUCCCCAGUUCCCUUCAGAACUCUGGGAAACUGGGCCUCUUCCUAGGCUCCUAUUCUCCCUUCACAGGAAGACGAGGCAGGUGGAGUCUACAGAAACGCCCAGAAAUACUGGCUUUGCACCUUGGCUUUCAUAUCUGCUCUUGGCAAAGGUAGUUUUGGAACCCUCAUGCUUCAUUCCUGCUCUACAAGGAAUCACUUGUCCUAAGGUUGUGAACACUUGAGGUUUUAUGAUAGUUUUUAUAGAGGGCCAGAGUGACAGGAGGCAUUCUCUGAAUACCCAUGAGAUACUAAGCCUUAUUGCAUCAAAAAUACACAGCUGUUGUAGCAUUAUUAUUCCACCUCAUCUUAAAGUCCUCAGUGCUUCAGGUUUCGGGGGGAUCAGCUCAGCUCUGAUGCCAGUGUGGCUGUCCUGUGGCCAUGAAAGGCUGGGAUCCCAAACACAUGGGUUUCCCAGGAAAGAUGUCUAUCCUACUAAGGCCUCUCACUACUGGGAUCUGGUAGACCUGCAAACCUAAAGUAAAUUCCUUUCUGCCCUCCCGGCACAGAAAGGGUUUGCUUGAAAUACACGAAACAUCAAAUAUUUCUUCUCACAGAGAGCCUGCCUCCCAGGAAGGCCAGUGUGACUUGGGCAGGAGAUGAUAAUGAGGCUGUUUUCAGUUGGCUUCUUCAUAUUGUUCUAAAUCUCACCAGGGCUUCUUUAAUCAGGCAAUCGACUGCUGCCGUGGACGCUUGAUGUGCCACUGCUUGGCUUAGCGCCCAGGAGCUUGUUACAAGUGACAUAUUUGAAACUUCUCAGUGGUCAAGGCCUCCCUCCGCCACUACUUUCUGAUGGGGUGGGAGCUAGGCUAAUUUCCUAACUGGUUUGGGGCACCGUUUCAGCCUGUGGUUCACAUUCCUCGCUUCAAACUGAAAUUCAGUUUGGCUUUGAGUGUAGGACACAUGGUGGUAGAUUCAUCUACUUAAGUGUUUGACUAAAAGUUUAUUUUUCUAGUGCAUUUUUCUAAGUGGUGAAAAUAUGUAAUUUUAGUAUGCAUGACUAUCUUCCACAAUAAAUAUCUCUGCAAGGCU